GCGGUGACGUCAUACGAGUAGCGUGUGGGGACCUUGUAGCCUCUUCGGCCUCCCUCUCCAGUCCGGAGAGACACAAGUUAUCUGGGAGGCUGCCGAAGGGCCGGCGAUCUUUCCCCAUCUUUUCUGCGCCGAGCUCACUCCCCUUCAUCCGUCCUGUAUGGUGGAUAUUAUUUUCAGCUCUUCUUUCUUGGGUGAUAUGGGGGAUCAUUCCAAAAAGAAGUCAGGAUUCGCGAUGUGUGUAGGAUGUGGAAGCCAGAUCCAUGACCAGUACAUACUGAGAGUUUCCCCCGACCUGGAGUGGCAUGCUGCCUGCCUGAAGUGCGCGGAGUGCAGCCAGUACCUGGAUGAGACCUGCACUUGUUUCGUCCGGGACGGGAAAACUUAUUGCAAAAGAGAUUAUGUAAGGCUGUUUGGGAUAAAAUGCGCCAAAUGCAACCUGGGGUUCAGCAGCAGCGACUUGGUGAUGAGAGCCCGGGAUAACGUGUACCACAUCGAAUGCUUUCGCUGCUCGGUGUGCAGCAGGCAGCUGCUGCCGGGGGACGAGUUCUCCCUGCGGGAAGAGGAGCUGCUGUGCCGGGCGGACCACAGCCUGCUGAUGGAGAGGAGUUCUGCAGGAAGUCCCAUCAGUCCCGGACACAUCCACUCCAACAGACCGCUGCACCUGGCAGCAGAUCCCGUGGCGGUUCGGCAGGCUCCACAUCGGAACCACGUCCACAAACAGUCGGAGAAGACGACGCGGGUGCGGACGGUGCUGAACGAGAAGCAGCUGCACACGCUGAGGACUUGCUACAACGCCAAUCCGAGGCCGGACGCGCUGAUGAAGGAGCAGCUGGUGGAGAUGACCGGCCUCAGCCCCAGAGUGAUCCGCGUCUGGUUCCAGAACAAGCGCUGCAAGGACAAGAAGAAGUCGAUCCUCAUGAAGCAGCUCCAGCAGCAGCAACACAGUGAUAAGACUGUAAGCAUCUUCAACCUGCAAGGCCUCACAGGAACGCCGCUUGUUGCUGGAAGUCCCAUCCGGCAUGAAAGCACUGUGCAGGGGAACCCGGUGGAGGUUCAGACCUACCAGCCUCCGUGGAAAGCGCUGAGUGAAUUCGCUCUGCAGAGUGACCUGGACCAGCCAGCUUUUCAGCAACUGGUGUCUUUUUCUGAAUCGGGCUCUCUUGGAAACUCUUCAGGCAGCGACGUGACAUCGUUGUCCUCUCAGCUACCGGACACCCCGAACAGUAUGGUACCCAGCCCGGUGGAGACGUGAGACCCAACGGUGGUCUGUGACCAUCACUACCGCUGCCACCUCCUUCUCCUCCUGCAAGGACAAUUUGCAGCAUGAUCCUGCCCCCCCUCCGUUCCCUCCAGCUUCCCCACCUCCACAUCCACUUCCACCCCUGCAUGUGACCAGCUCAUCACAUCGCCCGUCAAGAGGACACUCUUUUUUUUCUUUCUUGUUUUUUUCUAUACCGUGGAGGAGGUGGAACAAAGAGAGCACCGACUGACUUAUUUUGUUUGUUUUUAUGAGACCUCGUUGACAAAAGAAAAAAAGAAAACUAAGAACAGUUGAUGCAUGACUCUUCAUAUGGAGAACAAAGAUGUACAGAAGACUUCCCAAUGGAUAUAUACAACAAAUCUUCCCUCAGAAAAAUGAAAAAAAAAAAAUAAUAAUCACAAGCUACUGGAUCAUUUCCAUGUUACAGCAGAGAGACUUUCUGCAUUUUCAGUGUGAUCAUAUUGUGUCUUGUUUCUUCAACAUGAGAAUUUUUUGAUACCUUACUUGUCGAGUCCACUUGACUCUUUGUCUUAAGGUCAGAGCAUGAUAUUCUGCAAAAGUAUUCGUGGUGUAAAAUACUUUAUCUUGAAGGGCCGGUUAUUUGAGCUCAAAGAACAAAAAAGUAAAUUAUUGUUAUAUUAUUUAUUGUUAGGAAAGCGAUUCGUUAAAGGGAGUAUUAACUGAUAAGAAGAAUAAAAAAAAGAUGACUACAAGAGAUGUCUUCAUGAUCUU